UGUCCUUCACCAACCCCAUUCGCACAGACCACCCAUCUAUGUAUACACACACAGAGGGAGAGGACACUUCUACAACCAACUACCCAUCUCGUCGUCUUUGCGCUGCCAUAGCCAGGUCUUCUCUUUCCUCGUUGAUCUUUCUCUCUCCUAGAUCUCACCAAUCUCUGCAAAUCUCCAAUUCAUUCCCAAAAAAUUUCAAAAUUUAUAUAGAUUUGGACCAUUUCGGGCAUCCUCAAAUCUUCGUUCAAUUACAUUGUUGAAUCACGCCAAGGUUAAAGCUUUGUGUUUAUAAUUAGAUGGAAGGGUUGAUCAUUGCACGAAUCAACCCAGUUCGUGCUUAUUGUAGAAGGCAUCAGUCUCCUUUUAUUCCAACUUAUACACCGCGGCUAGUGAAAAGAGUUCUUCUAACUCCAAUUGGGAUGAUGAAGCAUCCCAAAUCAUUGAAUUCUGUAGCUGCUUCAGUUCAGCCCUUGGAAAGCUCAGCAGCCAGCCGCCUUGACAACACAUUACCAUCAAAAGAGAUUCUUGAGGUGUGGCAAAAGGCAGAUGCGGUCUGCUUUGAUGUGGAUAGCACAGUUUGCCUGGAUGAGGGCAUUGAUGAACUUGCUGAAUUUUGUGGGGCUGGAAAGGCUGUUGCAGAAUGGACAGCAAGGGCAAUGGGUGGCUCUGUUCCUUUUGAGGAGGCAUUAGCUGCUAGGCUAUCCCUAUUUAAUCCUUCCCUCUCCCAAGUCCAAGAUUUCCUUGCCCAGCAUCCCCCAAGGAUUUCUCCUGGCAUAGAUGAGUUGGUCAAGAAGCUCAAGGCUAAAGGUACCGCUGUUUAUCUGGUCUCUGGAGGCUUUCGUCAAAUGAUCAAUCCUGUUGCAUCGAUCCUUGAUAUUCCACCAGAAAAUAUUUUUGCCAAUCAACUACUGUUUGAAAAUUCUGGGGAGUUUUUGGGGUUUGAUACAAAUGAGCCUACUUCAAGGAGCGGAGGGAAAGCCACUGCAGUUCAACAGAUAAGGAAGGUUCAUGGAUACAAGGCAUUAGUCAUGAUUGGGGAUGGUGCAACUGAUCUUGAGGCUCGUAAGCCAGGAGGUGCUGACUUGUUUAUUUGCUACGGUGGAGUUCAACUUCGAGAGGCUGUUGCAGCAAAAGCUGAUUGGCUGGUUUUCAAUUUCAGCAAUCUGAUAAAUUCUUUGGAAUAGGCUGCAAUCUGAACGAUUUUGCAUCAUUUAUGUUGUCAUUUUUAUUUUAUUAUUGUUUUGUUUGCUGCCGUUUAACUGAGCAUAUAGCCUUUGAUAGAGCAGAAUUCAUGUAGCCAACCCUACGAGGCUUAGAGUUUGGUUUUAUUUUGUUUGCUGCAGUUUGUAGUUGUAUUCUUCCAUCUUUACAAUAUCAUUAUUUUUCUUCCUUCAUAUCAAAGGAAUAUGUAAGCAAAAAUAAUCAGAUAAUUAAUAUAUUGGUUGCUUAUGUUCUGUAAAUU